AUGGGUUGCAGUGGAGAGGACUGCUUCCCACUUGUCUUAGCGCGGCGUGACUAUAAAAUGGUGCACGAGGGACAAAGUCUCUUGCUCUCCUGCGAAGUCCAACACUGUGCCGUGCCUGACUGGACCGGCGGGUGGGGGGUCGUCGGCCAAGGCGAAAGUUUCAGUCUCCUACGGUCUUCAUCCAAAUUUCAUAUUUAUCAAGAGGACGUGACUGUCAACAGCACUCGACUCCACAUGAGCUUCAUCAGCGUCAACAAGUCGGACAGUGGCAACUACCAGUGCCGCAUCAGCUGGGGACAAGGGGGCAGCAGCAUCGGGCAUUUAACAUACGUGAACGUCACUGAUGGGCAAUCUGGGCGAUCUGAGAGGAGUGCAGGCCUGAGGCUGCUUGUGAUUAUCUGCGCCUGUCUCUCUUUUCCUCUUGUCAUGGCGCUGGUUCGAUGGCUCUCCCACCACUCAGCACCAGCAGUUCCUCCUCGCUCACACUCUACCGCCCAGCAGAGCAAGAGGCCAAGGGGUGAGCUGCUGUAUGCAGACCUGGCUUUGGAAAAUGGCGGACGUCCAAAGCAACAUGCUCAUCAACACACACCAGGACAACCCAUCAUCUAUUCUUCAUUGCGGUUCUAGCAGCCUACUAACCACUUCAAGUGCAGCUUAUUUCUCUCUGAUUGGCUACUGAGCAACAGGGCCGGCGGCAGCCUUGACUGGGCCCAGGACUGGACAAAACUCUGAGC